CCAGAGUCAUCCUUCCCCACCCUAUUUCACUUUUUACGAUCUGUUUCGUUAGACUCGCCCAGUGAAGAAUCGAAGAGGAAAUUCAUCGUCCCUGCGCUUUCGAAGAUGUUUGACGACCAAGACCUCGGAUUCUUUGCCAAUUUUCUCGGCAUUUUCAUCUUCAUUCUGGUCAUUGCUUACCAUUUCGUCGUCGCCGACCCAAAGUUCGAAUGAAAAACUGAUGUUUUUCUUUUUUUUUUUAUCUUUUUGCUGGUUUCCUACCAAAAAAAAACAAAACAGUUUAAUGUCUGGGAAUCAGCAUGUCUUUAGCAUUCCAUACAGUCGAGAUGUUUCCCCCAGUUAUGUAAUAUGACAAUGUGGUUUUUGAUGAAUGCGUAAUAGACUUGUUUUCAUA